CUCUAAACCUAGUUUUCCUCUUUUUGUUUUUCUUCACCUGAUAAACCCCAAUUAUUUCUAGGGUUUUUAUCUUCAUCGUUACCACAGAAAAACUUCUCCAAAUUCUAGCAAUCGGAUUCAAAUUUCGAAUACAAUAUCACGAAAACAUCACCCUUCCAAAUCCCUGUGUUGAGUUGCGGAUUCGAAAAUGACGCGUGCUUAUACUAUGAAGGGGAAGAAGCGAAAGAACAAGGAAGUGUCAAAGAAGUACGACCGUGAAGAAGAUGAAGAAGAACAAAUCCAACCUAAGAAACCGGCGAUUCAGAGAGAAGAACCAACGCCGGAAGUUACAAAAACAGAGGAAAAUAGUGAACUUGCAGGUAUUCCAAUUGCUCCUUCAUUUGAAAAAAACAGUGAGAAACCAGGUGUUGUUUUCGUUCUCGAAAAAGCUUCUUUGGAAGUCGCUAAAGUUGGAAAGACUUAUCAGCUUUUGAACUCGGAUGAUCAUGCUAAUUUCCUUCGCAAAAAUAACAAGAAUCCUGGUGAUUACAGGCCUGACAUUUGUCAUCAGGCACUUCUAUCCAUUUUAGAUAGCCCACUAAAUAAAGCUGGGAGGUUGAAAGAGGUAUACAUAAGGACUGAAAAGGGCGUUCUUAUAGAGGUUAAGAAUUAUGUUCGUAUUCCAAGAACAUUCAAACGCUUUGCUGGUGUCAUGUUGGAACUGCUUCAAAAAUUGAGUAUAUCUGCUGCUGGCAAGCGUGAGAAACUUCUCCGCACGAUCAAAAACCCCAUUACCCUGCAUUUGCCUCCCAACUCGCGAAAAGCAGGUUUAUCUUUUAGUUCAGACAAGUUGGUAAACAUGAAAGACUAUUUGUCAACAAUUCCAAGCAAUCAAGACCUUGUCUUUGUGGUAGGAGCAAUGGCACAUGGGAAAGUUGAGACAGAUUACACGGAUGAUUAUAUAGCUGUUUCUGGUUACCCUUUAAGUGCUGCUUACUGUAUUACAAGGAUUUGUAAUGCCAUUGAAGCAAAGUGGAACAUAUUGUGAUUUAGCUUCUUCCAUUGAUUCUCUAUGGACAAUAUAUUUACUUGAAGAUAGCUGGGUCUAUGUGUUAUAAAUUAAGAGAACUCGUGUAAUGUGCAAACCCAACAAUGAAUUUUCCUAGUUAUAGAUUUGGCUUAUGUAAAACCUAAGAGAACUUGUGUUUAAAUUUGUAACAUUAUUUUUUUGGUUGAAUUUUCCUAGUUUUA